UUUAAAUAUUUUUUUAAGCUAUUAUUUCGCGCUAUAGUAUUAAUAAACUUAUUAUUCUGCUUUAAUAAAGUUAAUAUUUUAAUAAUUCGAAAUAGUUUUAAAAAGCUUUUUAACUUUUACUAA